GCUGCGACCAAAGAGACUUGCGUAGAAGACGACUUUCCUCCGUACAGGAUGGAAGACUGCCUCUACGACACAUCGUGGCUAAUCCAUAGCCUUCCAGCCCUGACACCGUCGUUCCUCGCACUCCUUGCACCACCGUCAACACAGCGGGAGCGAUCACAACUGACAGGAGACCUCUCAACCCACGCGGGUGCUUUUGGCGAAUCCAUCAGCCAAGGCCGGCCACGCUACGAGUCAGAAGAAGAAAGAGAAAGGCUGGGCUCUUUAAGUCAAUGCAAAUGGAACAGGCUAGAGGGACUCGCUCCCGAAGAAGGUCAGACGCAGCCACUCAACAGGAAAAGAAUGCGAGACGACGGAGAUGAUGACAGCUCAACGAGUCACGGAAUCCUGAUCUCGCUCAUCUAUGAAAGAACGACUUACAAGUUCAUCAUAUACACAACCCCCAAUACCAUUUCCUCGAAGCGCAGCAGGACAGAAACAUCGAACCGCGCAAGCUCGAACCAGGAGAGCCGGACGGCCAUCCUCCUCUCCAAGUCGUCCCCUUCCUUGUUAAGAUCCCUGACGACCUACCUAUCGGACACAUUCGCCCUCCCCAAAAUUCACCCUCUGCAAAUGCCGUCAGCACUCAUCCAAAAGACACUCCAGAACUAUCUCUCAACAAUCUACUCCUCCCUAUCCACAGCCCCUGGCUCGACGCAAUCCCAAGUACAAGAUCUCUUCAUCAAUAUCAUCAGCAGUGUGAGACUCACGAUUGGCUUCUCUGCUCCGGUCGCCCCUCACCUCAAAUCUCUAGACAUCGCCGUGGCUCCUUAUGCAGUUCUGAAGGCCCUGCCGGAAAAUGGAAGAUUUGGCAUCGAGCACUUCAUGUCUACGCUAGCAGGAUAUAUCUGGGCAAAUACUGGUCUUAAAAUUCCUGUCCUCGAUGACAGAGACAACGUGGUUCAGUCGCUCAAAGGCCAGGAAGCGGAUAUUGCUAAAUCAGACGCUCCGAUGAAGAUCUCCAGGAUAUCCAAUGCCGCAUAUGCCAUCUCAUGCGACCACCGGAUAAAAUUCGUGUCGAGGCCACUCCAUAGUGUUGACGACCCGGACCAGCCGGAUGAGAACUGUGUACGAAGGGCGAAUCAGGAACUCCUGGUUGCGAUUGUGGAAGAGGCGCGGCGGCAAGUGAGAGAAGACAGCUAAUUUGCGUUGAUCUUGUAAUCUUAGGUUCAGGCGUUGGUGGAAUUUGGCUGCGAGAGCCUCAGCACAGGCUUUUGGGACGAUUGUAUGAUAUGAGACGAAGGUCGAUGAUGUCCGACUGAACACUACGUGAACGACUGUACAAUAGGUAACCCAUGAAUAACAGAGAUACCCGACGUUCGCUUGGGAAGAGGACAACGGAUCAGUGUGCUUGUGCACAAGAGGAGUAGGAACAUGUU